AUGGCAGUCAGUAUGUUUUCAAUUUUAUUAAUUAGUUAUUUAAUAUUAACUAUAAAUAGUUUUUCAAUUGAUAUAAUUGAAAAUGAUUUAAAUAAUUCAAUUGAAAAAAUUCUUCUUAUUAAUGAAAAUUUAUAUGUUGGUUCUCAUUUAAUCGUUCGUUUAUCUGUAAUAAAAUGGCCAUCAAAUAUAAGUAUUGCUACUAUAUCAGAAUUUACAUUUUAUAAUUGUUCAUCAUAUUCAUCAUGUAUAUCAUGUCGAACUGAAAUUGGUUGUCAAUGGUGUUCACAACGAUGUUCAUCAAUAUGUACAGAAACAUUAUCACAAUGUUCAUCAUUUGAUUUAUUAAAUUCUUCAAAUAAUUUUCUUGAAUCUAAUCAAUCUAUUGAAAUUCCAUUAAAAUUUGAUUUUAUUCAAUAUGAUAAUCAAAUUGAAUGCCGUUUAAAUGAAACUAUACGUGGUUUAGUUAAUUCAAAUAAUAUUUGUUUUAUUUCAAAAAUUCCACAAAUAAAUACUGAAAAUGAACAAAUUAGUUAUUUAACUAUUUAUCAAAAUAAUAUAUUAAUUGGUAAUCCAAUAAAAAUGUUUAUUUAUAAUUGUAAUCUUUAUGAUACAUGUUAUAAAUGUAAUUUACGUUCAAAAUGUAUAUGGUGUCAAGGACAAUGUUUAACAAAAUCAAAAAAUAAAUGUUUAAUUAAUGAACAAUGUACAUCAUUACGUAUAAAUGAUUUUUCACCUAAAUUAAUACCAUUAUAUGGUAAAACAAUAAUUAAUAUUUAUUUAAAUGAAUAUAUUAAUGAAGAAAUUCUUGAAAUUUUACUUAUUGAUAUACCAUGUUUAUUAAUUAAUUCAACAAAUAUAAUUCAAUGUCAAUCACAAAUAACAAAUUUAACACGUAAAGGACAAAUAAGUAUACGUUUUUCAAAUUCAAUAUAUAUUUUAUCAAAAGAUUAUAUUGAAUAUUGUCAAACAUCAAUUAUUUCUAUAAAUCCAAAUAUUGUUUAUGAAUUUGGUGGACAAAUUUUUUAUAUUAAUGGAGAAAAUUUAUUUAUUGGUAAUGAACAAAAAAUUUUUUUUAAUAAUUAUCAAUGUAUACAAAUAAAACAAAUAUCAAUAAAUACUUUAUCAUGUCGUUUACCUUCAAUGAUAUCAAAAAUUUAUAAUAUAACAUUAAAAAUAGAUAAUCAAUUAAUAAAUAUUGAACAAAAAUUGAAAGUAACACCAAAUCCAAUUGUUCAAGAUAUUGAUCCAACGAUUAGUUUUGCAAGUGGUGGACGUUUAAUAACUGUUCGUGGAAUGUAUUUUGGAUCCGCUCAAACAAUCACUGUAAAAUUUUCUUAUAGAAAAUGGAAUGAAAAAUUAAAAAUAAAUUCAAAUGAUAUAUUAUCAAUAGAAGAUGGAUUAAUUUCAUCAUUUAAUUUUCGUACAUUAGGUAUUCCAUCAUCAUCAAAUGAAUUUCCAUCACCACCAUUAGAUGUUAAUUUUUCAAUUUAUUUUGAUGAUUCAAUUAUUUCAUUAACAAAUAUAAUUCAAUUUCAUUAUAUUUCUGAUGUUUUAUUAAAUCUAUCAUCUAUUCCACCAACUUUACCUUAUAUAGGCGAAGAAUUAAAAUUACAGGUAGAAAAUUUAACAGAAGCUGCAUCAAUGUCAGAUAUCCAAUUAUUCAUUGGAUGUUCAGAAUGUAAACUUAAAACAUUUACAUCAAAAGGUAUUACAUGUCAACCACCAACAAAAUUAAUAACAAAUAUAGCAAUUAUUCUUAACAAUCAACAACAAAAAGAUGAUUGUACAUUAUUCAAUUCUUCAAUUGGUCCAAUUCGUUUUCGUAUUGGUUAUCGUGAACAUUUAAUUGGUUAUUUAUCAUAUACUCGAUCAUUAUCUAGAAAAUAUUCAAUAUCAACAAAAAUAUCUCUUAUAUUUACUAGUUGUCUUUUAACAAUAGCAAUAUUAAGUCUUAGUCUUUAUCUAUAUUAUAAACAUAUUGAAAAAUCAAAAUUACAAACAAAUUCUUUAUCAACUAAAAAUAAUCUUAAUCAAAAUGAAAAACAAUUUUGGUCAACUGAUACAUCUGCAUCAACAGUUCCUUAUUAUCAAGUAUAUGAACAAAUACCAUCUUUAUCAUCACAUGAUAAUACAUUAAUACGAGCACCAUUACUUCUAUGUCCAUAUUAUCAAGAAAAACGUUGUACACCACCAAUUAUGGAACAAUUACAAAUGAGUUUAUCAUUUUUAACAACAAUAUCUAUAGAAGAUGAUCAAUUAAAAACACUUUUAUUUGAAAAAGAUCAAAAAUUUUCUUCAACAAAAUAUCGUCCAUCAAUGGAAUUAUUUUAUGAUUUACUUAAUAUGAAAUCAUUUUCACAAGUAUUUAUUGAUCAAUUAAUUGAAUAUAAUUCAAAUGAUUUAAUUGAUUCUUAUGUUUAUCUAUUUCGUUAUUAUCCUUUAAAUUUUAAAUUAUUUUCAUUAAAACGUGAAACAUUAUUUCUUAAAUUUUUUUCAAAUCUUUUUCUUCAAUCAAAAAAUGAUUUAAUUAAUAAAUUUCAUUUAUUUGAUGAUUUUUUACGUAUAUUAAUUGAUUUAAUAGAUUCAUCACCAUGUGAUGAAUUAUUAAAUCGUUCAUCACGUUCAAUAUCAUCAUUAACAUUAUUAUUAAAUAAUAUAUCAUAUUAUUCAUAUGAAUUAAAAAUAAAUUAUGAAAAUUUAUUUCAUUUUCAUAUUAAUGUUCUUGAUUGUGAUACAAUUAAUAAAUUAAAACAAAAAAUAAUUCAUUAUUUAAAUUCAAAUGAAAAUACAAAUCGUUUAAUUGAAUAUGAUGAAAUUGAUUUAAUAAUACCAUUAUUAAAUUCAUCUUUAUAUACAGAACAAAUUCCAAUAUUAAAAAAUUCUUUAAUUAAUUCAACAAUUUAUUGUCAAAAAAAACUUAUAGUAAAAAAACAAACAAAUAAUUAUCAUUAUCAUUUAUUUAAAGAAAAUCAAUUAAUUUAUGAUCAAAAUUUAAUUGAAGAAAAAUUAAAAGAAAAUAAAUAUCGUUUACAACAAAUUUUUAUUUAUUUUUAUCAACAAAUUAUAAAUGGUUUAGAUUUAUUUUUCAUUUUUGAAAAUGAAUUUAUUCAAGAAAAUAAUCAAAUUUUAUUUCAACAAUAUAUUCAAUUGGUAAGUGACUUUAUUCGACGUUUAAAUCGUUUAAUGUUAUGUCGUUCAACAUGUCCAAUAAUCGAAUCAUGUUUAAAUGUUAUUGCAGAUGGAUUAGAAUUUAUAUUUGAUACUAAAACAGAAUUUUCAUCAGAAAUUGAAUUAUUAUUUAUGGAUGAUAAAAAAUAUUUUUCAUCAUUUAAUAAAAAUAAUUUUCAUAUGUCUUCAUCAAAUCAAUAUAAUUCGCAAUUUUCAUCAACUGAUAUUCGAUCCAUAAUACUUAAUGAUGAUAUUGCAAUUGAAUGUCUUUUUAAACUUUAUCAAUUUUAUGAAUUAUAUAGUGAAUCUAUUAAUCAACAUAUUGGAAAAAAUCAUGUCAGUGUAUUGUUACCUGUUCAUCAUCUUCUUGUACAAAUUCGCCAAUUACUUCAGUCAGAUAAUACAACGCUCAUUUAA